AACCGAGAUCAAUGAACCAGGCGAUUUACCGAAACUGGUCGGACGAGCCAAGGUGGGAAUAAACCAUCGUUCAAGAGCGAGGUUUUUAUUCUGCAGAAAUCUGCUCAAACUCGGACUAUCACUUCACUCCGAAGACAACACUGAAGUGUGCGAUGUGGAAAAUUUACAGCUCUCUAACCUAAUAUCAGCUGUUUUUUCAGAGUAGAUUUUUAUUUAUUUAUUCAUCGUUGGGUGACAUUACAGGGGAAUACAGGAUGAUCUUCGCAAAUACGGCCAACCCACUGCGAACUCCGUCAUAUCGAAAGCAGCCUCCUGUUGUCCCGCCCACUCUCCCUAUGGCCCCGCCCAGCCCGAGCACCAACAACAGCAGCAGCAGCAGCAGCACAACCGGCUGGGAGCAGCUCAGUAAAACAAACCUCUACAUCCGCGGCUUACCACCAGGGACCACCGAUCACGACCUGGUCAAACUCUGCCAGCCAUAUGGUAAAAUCGUGUCCACCAAAGCCAUUCUUGACAAGACUACAAGCAAAUGCAAAGGAUAUGGUUUUGUGGAUUUUGACAGUCCCGUGUCAGCGCAAAAAGCCGUCGCAGCACUAAAGACCAAUGGAGUUCAGGCUCAAAUGGCCAAGCAACAGGAGCAGGACCCUACUAACUUGUACCUGUCCAACCUGCCCGUGUCCAUGGAUGAGCAGGAGCUGGAGAACCUCCUCAAACCUUUUGGACAGGUGGUCUCCACCCGAAUCCUCCGCGACGCUAACGGAGUGAGUCGGGGAGUGGGCUUUGCCAGGAUGGAAUCUACAGACAAGUGCGAUGCCGUGAUCUCUCACUUCAAUGGGAAGUUCAUUAAGUCCUCCUCUGGGAUGCUGGGUGCAUCAGAGCCUUUGCUGUGUAAGUUUGCUGACGGUGGGCAGAAAAAGAGACAGAGUCAGGCUAAAUACUUCCCCAACGGACGAACCUGGACUCGAGACGCCGAGGUGAGACUAAGCGGAAUGACGUUGACCUAUGACCCCAGUACAGCACUUCAGAAUGGGUACUACCCUGCUCCUUAUGCCAUGGGGAACCGGUUAAUGACUCAGCCAGGAGUGUCACCAUACAUCUCUACAUACCAGGUACAGAAUCCUUCAUGGAUGCCACAUCAGCCUUACAUCAUGCAACACCCAACUCAGGGAGCCGUUCUGUCGCCAUCUAUGGAGCAUCCAAUGUCACUGCAGCCGUCCGCUAUGUUGGCUCCCCUCGCCCAGCAGAUGGGCCAUCUCUCUCUGGGCGGCACUGCAACCUUUAUUCCUGCCAACACAGCGAUGCCAGGAGCCUACAUCCCUCAAUAUGCCCACAUUCAGCCCGCUGCCAUCCCUCCUGAGCAGGAAAGCGGUGUACAGCCACAAGAUGUGUCCUCAUCGGAUCCUUCUUCGUACCCUUUCCAACCCAACAAGCAAUAAAAUGGUUUACCGUCUGACGUCAGAACCAGACACAGUCUGCUGGGUGUUACUACCGUAACAACAUUUACUUUCUUUUAGAGGAAGUGACAUCAAAGAGGAAAUAACACUCAUGCACGGGUUGCAGAAAAAUUGUCCAUGAUCUAAUCAUCUGCUUCGAAGAAAUCAACAAGGAACCUCAGAAAACAGACAUUUUCUCCAACAAACCAAGACAAGGCAAUAUUACACCAACUGUGGACAACGGAAUGGGAGCAGAGUUUUAUUUUGCUAGAAAAAGAAAGGAGAGGAUGACAAAUGCUUAUUUUUUACCUAGAACUAUAAACACAGACCAUGUCUGUGAGUAACAUUGAGUGGUGAUGAUGGUGAUGACGCCUUUCGAUGCAUGACGUUUUUUUAAGUAUGUUUUUAUUGACUGUUUCUCGAACAGACAAAAGAAACCAUUUUUUUUGCGGUUGCAGUUUCUGGUUGCUUUUUUGGUCUUCCACUCUUUGCCUUUUUAGUAGUUAAGAAAUGUACCUUUUAAAUAAGGUGGGUGGGGUUUAGAAUGACUGAUGCAAUGCUUGCUGACUAUUGGUCCUUGCUCCUGUCUUUCAAAUCAAAGGGUUUCCUGUUUCCUUUUUUAAUGUUGCUCUGAAUCAAACAUGUUUGAUUCUUUCCAUCGAAUCCAUGCGUAAAGUCUUUCAGUAGAUGUAGAAGUGGAUGUUGAGAUGCGGGUGGGCGGAGUUUAGUGGGAGGUGGGGUAUGAGUGGGCGGGGUCAAGCUAGAUUAGGUAUGUGGGUGGGGCUAAUAAAAGGGAUAUUGUGGAUAUUUGGGAAAGCUGACAUUGUUCCUUCUUUUCACAGGAUGAUUGCAAUUUUAUUUUCAGUGCCAUUUUUAUUUAUUGUGUCUUUGUUUUCUCUUUUUUUUUUUACACAAUACAUCAGGAUUUUGUUUGACGCUCAAAAAAAAAAGGCAGAAGUGAAGUGCUUCUUUAAGUAGAAAGCAAGAAAUCUACAAAUUUAACUGAACCGAAAUAAUUGGGAAUGGCAUUAAGUUUGUAAAUUAAACCUACAUUUGAGGCCUGACAUACGAUGGCACAGUUUAAAAAUACGUUCCAGAAGAGAAACACCACAACGUUUCUGAUUAACUAAUGUAAUUCAAAUAAUCGUCCUUACAAUUUUAAUAAAUAAACAAACAUGCAACUUCAAGGCAACUAUGACCCUUUCCACCAAAGACCUUUUCUGCCUACAGUUGAACACAACAGUAUGGACUACUGCAAUGGGUUUUGAUCAAACUGAGUGGUAGUUUGUUUCUUUUUUUUUUUUUUUAUCAAUCUUGGCUCUCAGCUUUAAUCUAGUUUUCGUUAGUGUGGACACAUGAACAUCUCUAAGCAGUUGGACGAAAGGAAGACUUGGUCACGGUUGUAAACAAGCCUUUCAUCGGUCUGUCAUACAGUUAGUUAAGCAGAUUUCUGUGUGUCUGUGUGUGAUUGUGAAUUUAGAUGUCCAGGUCAGCUUGGCCUUUGAUCUACCUCAGAGUUGUAUCUGUUGUCUGAUUGGUCGGGCUGCAGGUCUAUCCCGUCCAAUCAGAUGUAAAAGCGCCGGCUCUGGAGCCUGGUGUCAUGCAGAACUUCAUCUUUAAAGCGUCUAUUUGUCCUCCUCUUUAAUGAAACAUCCGUGUUUUGUAUCUGUAUGUCUUUCUGUUGUUGUUUUGAUUUUGUUUUUUGUUUUUUAACAUUGCAUUGUGUCGUUUUGAGCUUGAUUGCGUGGAGAAUUUCUUUGUUCUUCUUUUUGUCCAUUUUCUUCCUUAUGUUAUUCCUGCAUUUGUUUGGUAUUUUUACAAAAAUCCACAUGAACUACCUUCUCUGGAUUUUUUUUAGGUUUGCUUUAGCCUCUCCAUGUUUAGAGGCCUAAUCUGAACAACCAAAGUGAAAUAUUAUCAGUAACUAACACAUGUCAAAAAGCAGCACAUCGUAGUUUCAUUAUCAGAAGAGACACAGUGUCUUUAUUUCAGAUCUCGAAAACGGCAAUCAUUCACAUAAACACAGGACUGUUGUUAAAAUACAGACUUUUUUUAAAAAUUUGUUUUAUUGAACACUUGCACGUCCAGAAUUUGUUUUUAUUUCUUGAUUUUUUUCUGUUGUAAAAAGGAAAGAUUUUUGAAUUAAAAGAGCUCAAACCUG